AUGUUCACCGGAAUCGUAGAGGAGAUCGGAGUCGUCUCCGAGCUCAACAAAAACGACUCGACGGGCGGCACAUCCCUGACCGUGACCCUGCCCGCCGGCUCGCAGCUCCUCUCCGACUGCCACGAGGGCGACUCGAUCGCCGUCAACGGCGUCUGCCUCACCGUCGUCACCUUCUCCCACAGCGACGCCUCGGGGGGUGCGCCGUCCCGGUUCACGGUGGGCAUCGCCCCCGAGACCCUGCGCCUCACGGACCUGGGCGACCUGCGCGCCUCGUCGCGCGUCAACCUCGAGCGCGCCGUGCGCGCCGACACCCGCAUGGGCGGGCACUUUGUGCAGGGCCACGUCGACACGACCUGCGUCGUGACGCGGCGGGAGCCCGACGGCAACGCGCUGACGAUGCGCUUCCGGCCGCGCGACCGGGCCGUGCUGCGGUACGUCGUCAAGAAGGGCUUCAUCGCGCUCGACGGGACGAGCCUGACGGUCACGGCCGUCGACGACGACGACGACGGCGGGGACGAGGGCGGCGAGGGCGAGGGCGGCUGGUGGGAGGUCAUGCUCAUCUCGUACACGCAGGGCAAGGUCGUGCUCGCGGACAAGGCCGUCGGCGACACGGUCAACGUCGAGGUCGACGUGCUGGCCAAGUACGCCGAGAAGAGCAUGAGCGGCAUCGUGGGCAGCCUGACGGGCGAGGGCGGGCUGGAGCAGAUGAUUGGCAAGAUUGUGAGGCAGGGGCUGGGUGGGAAGCCCUGA